GCGGGGCACUUUCACUUUCGAUCAGAGGGGCAGUGCUCGCCCCCUCGCCCCCUGUGCUCGCCACUGCAGCUAUAUCAGGUCUAGUGUUGCUAACUUUACAUUUCUGACAUUUUUUUGUCUCAUGAAUCACACGCGAGUCCUGUUGUAAGAUGAUUUCUGCCCAUUUCAUAGACUAACGGAACCAAUUGCAUCACAAAAUGAUCCACUCUUUUGCAGCCUCGAUGCCACUGAGCAUGCGCAUUCUUCACUUUGUGGCUACUUGUGUUUCGACCGAAAGUAAACUCGAAAGGAAAAAUGCGAAAAUGCAUUUUGAAGACUUAUAAACUGUCAUAAAUACUACACUUCAAUGCUUUUAUCCUGCUUUUGAAGUUCAGUGUUCACAAGAUCAUCGGUGAAAUCAGACACUGGGGACUGGGGACACAAUGGGGACUGAAUCACUGAUCCAGUUCAGAUCUGGGCUUUGUGCAGUCAGACCAGUUCUUCCACAGUCAGUAAACCAGUACUUUAUGGACUUCAGAAGAAAAGGAUCCUCCACAAACUGCUGCAACUACAAAAUCUGUAGCACCAAAUUCCUUAGAAUCUCAUUGUGUUUGUAUCCUUAAGGUUUGUUUUUACUGAAAUCACUGUAAUAAUCACAAUGUUAUGUAUGAUUUGUUCUCUGUGUCUCCAUAUGCAGGUCUGAAGUCAGUUUCUCAUUAAGGGGAACAGAGAGAGCAGUGAUUUUCAUCUCCAGAAUAGGGUGAGCACUUGGUUAUUGCUCUGUUGCUGGACAGUAAGAUGUGAUUUUGCGUGACAAUGCAGGACACGUUUGAUCAGGAUUUUCUUAUCCAGCAUGGGUCUAGAUGAAGUCCUGGUGGGUGAAGCUGUAUUUAACGAGUUUUAUUGAGGUCCACACUGAUUCCUUUUCUCAGUCCAGUCAUCAUCAGCAGAAAAAUCCCUCUCUAGGAAUGCGUUGGGACGAAAAAAUAUGUGCUUGAAAUGCAGGACACUGCUUAUGUGGACAAAGUUCCCAAUUGAAUCCUCUUACAUUCAGUGAUGAACCAGUGACCUAUGACCCCAGGAUCUCCAGGAGGAUGAAGAGACCGGGAGCUUCAUCUCCAGAACCCAGCUGUGUGUCUCUGAGGAGUGACGGAUCAAUGCAUCCUCCUCCUUUAUUCAGUGAUGAUCCAGUGACCUCUGACCCCAGGAUCUUCAGGAUGAGGAGGAGACAGGGAACUCCAUCUCCGGAACCCAGCUGUGUGUCUCUGAAGAGUGACGGAUCAAUGCAUCCUCCUCCUUUAUUCAGUAAUGAACCAGUGACCUCUGACCCCAGGAUCUCCAGGAGGAUGAAGAGAUUGGAAGUUUCAUCUCCAGAUCCCAGCUGUGUGUCUCUGAAGAGUGACGGAUCAAUGCAUCCUCCUCCUUUAUUCAGUGAUGAACCACUGACCUCUGACCCCAGUGUGAACAGAGAUGAUCAGAUUGGAGACCAGGAUUCUCUUCAACCAAUGAAUGUUGAACUACAGAGAGUCAAAGACCAGCACAAAACCAGCAUGAAAUACAAGAAUGAAAGAUUAUUUGAGGGAAACAAACUCCAAGAGAAUCAAACCGUCCUGAACAGGAUCUACACACAGCUCUACAUCAUAGAUGAAGAGAGUGAAGGAGUGAGUGAAGAACAUGAGGUUUUACAGAUAGAGAAAACAGCCAGAACACAACACUCACAAGAAACUCCAAUCUACUGCAGUGACAUCUUUAAAGCCUCACCUGAACCAGGAUGUGAGGAGAAAGACCAAAUCAAGACUGUUCUUACUAAAGGCAUCGCUGGAAUCGGAAAAACCGUCUCUGUGCAGAAGUUCAUUCUGGACUGGGCCGAGGGAAAAGCCAAUCAGGAUGUAGAUUUCAUGUUUGUGCUUCCAUUUCGAGAGCUGAACUUGAUCCGAGAUCAUCAGUACAGUCUUCACGGACUUCUGCUGGACUUUCAUCCGGAACUUCAAGAUCUGGACCCAAAGAUUUAUGAAGAGUGUAAAGUUGUGUUGAUCUUUGAUGGUCUGGAUGAAAGCAGAAUCACACUGAUGUUUUCAGAUGCUCAGAAAGUUUCUGAUGUGACAGAGAUUUCAUCAGUGGGUAUGUUGAUGUCAAACCUCAUGAAAGGAGAACUGCUUCCCUCUGCUCUCAUCUGGAUCACCUCCAGACCAGCAGCAGCCAAUCAGAUCCCCUCCAAAUACAUCAACCGUCUGACAGAGAUUCAGGGAUUCAAUGAGCCUCAGAAGGAGGAAUAUUUCAGGAAGAGAAUCAGUGACGAGCAUCAAGCCAGCAGAAUCAUCUCUCACAUCAGAAGAGCAAGAAGCCUCCACAUCAUGUGCCACAUACCCGUCUUCUGCUGGAUCUCAUCCACUGUGCUUCAAAAGCUCCUGAAAGAAGAUCUGAGUGUAGAAAUCCCUCAAACUCUGACUGAAAUGUACAUCCACUUCCUGCUGAUUCAGAUCAACAUGAGGAAUCAGAAGUAUGAAGAGAGAGAUCCAGAGAAACUCCUGCAGUCCAACAGAGAAGUGAUUGUGAAACUUGCUGAAGUGGCUUUCAAGCAGCUGAUGAAGGGCAAUGUGAUGUUCUAUGAGGAGGACCUGAGAGAGAGCGGCAUAGACGUCACUGACGCCUCAGUGUAUUCUGGGAUUUGCACUGAGAUCUUUAAGGAGGAAUCUGUGAUUCAUCAGAGGAAAGUCUACAGCUUCAUUCAUCUGAGCAUUCAGGAGUUUCUUGCUGCUUUCUAUGCGUUUUACUGCUAUUUAUCGAAGAACAAAGAACCACUGCAGCUUUUGGAUGCAAAAAAUAAACAUGACUCUGAAAAUAUCUCUAAAUAUGACCGUGAAUAUGGAUAUGAUAAGCACAUGUCUCAUGAUGAAGUAUCUCUGUAUGAUCUACUAACAUCAGCAGUAAAUAAAUCCCUCAAGAGUGAGAAUGGACACCUGGAUCUGUUUCUGCGGUUCCUGCUGGGCGUCUCACUGGAGUCCAAUCAGAGACUCUUACAGGAUCUACUGACACACACAAAGAACAGCUCAGAGAGCAUCAGGAGAACCACACAGUACAUUAAAGACAAUAUCAAAGAUCCAACAGAUUUGUAUCAUCUCUCAUCUGGUCAGUCCAUCAAUCUGUUUCUCUGUCUGCUGGAAGUGAAAGAUCAGACCAUGUCCAGAGAGAUUCAGGAGUUUGUGAAAUCAGACAAACACUCAAAGAGGAAACUCUCUCCUGCUCACUGCUCAACAAUCGCCUACAUGAUUCAGAUGUCAGAUGAGGUGAUGGAUGAGCUGAACUUCAAGAAAUACAACACAUCAGAUGAGGGUAGAAGAAGACUGAUACCAGCUGUGAUCAACUGCAGAAAAGUUCUUUUUUCUGGCUGUAAUCUCACUGCUAAGAAUUGUGAAAUUGUGUCAUCACUUCUACAAUCCUCAAACUGUGUAGCGAGAGAGCUGGAUCUGAGUAACAAUGACCUACAGGAUUCAGGAGUGAAGCUGCUCUCUGAUGGACUGAAGAGUCCAAACUGUCAGCUGCAGAUACUGAGUCUUUCUGGUUGUAACCUCACUGGUCAUCAUUGUGAAAUUGUGUCAUCAGCUCUACAAUCCUCAAACUGUGUCCUGAGAGAGCUGGAUCUGAGUAACAAUGACCUGCAGGAUUCAGGAAUGAAGAUGCUCUCUGAUGGACUGAAGAGUCAAAACUGUCAGCUGCAGAUACUAUGUCUUUCUGCAUGUAAUCUCAAUGGCCAGUGUUGUGAGAGUUUGUCAUCAGCUCUUCAAUCUUCAAACUGUGUCCUGAGAGAGCUGGACCUGAGUAACAAUGGCCUGCAAGUUUUAGGAGUGAAGCUGCUCUCUGAUGGACUGAAGAGUCCAAGUUCUCAGCUGCAGAUACUAAGAUUGUCUGUCUAUAAUCUCACUGAUCAGUGCUGUAAGAGUUUGUCAUUGGCUCUUCAAUCAUCAAACUGUGUCCUGAGAGAGCUGGAUCUGAGUAACAAUGACCUGCAGGAUUCAGGAGUGAAGCUGCUCUCUGAUGGAUUGAAGAAUUCAAACUGUCAGCUGCAGAUACUGAGUCUGGCUGGCUGCAAUCUCACUGAUCAGUGCUGUGAGAGUUUGUCGUCUGCUCUUCAAUCCUCAAACUGUGCCCUGAUAGUGAUGGAUCUGAGUAACAAUGACCUGCAGGAUUCAGGAGUGAAGCUGCUCUCGGAUGGACUGAAGAAUUCAAACUGUCAGCUGCGGAUACUGAGGUUGUCUGGAUGUAUGGUGACAGCGGAAGGCUGUGGUUAUGCAUCUUCAGCUCUGAGUUCAAACCCCUCACACCUGAGAGAACUGGAUCUGAGCUACAAUCACCCAGGAGACUCAGGAGUCCAGCUGCUCACUGACAAACUAAAGGAUCCAAACUGCUCACUGCAGAUACUCAAUGUGGAUCAUGGAGGAGAAAUCCUGAUGACAGCAGGACUACAAAAGUAUGCCUGUGAUCUCACACUGGAUCCAAACACAGCAAACACUCAUCUCAUUCUGUCUGAUGAGAAUAGGAAGAUCAUAUAUGUGGAAGAGCAUCAGCCGUAUCCUGAUCAUCCAGAGAGAUUUGCUAAUAUUCCUCAGAUUCUGUGUGGAGAGAGUCUGACAGGACGCUGUUACUGGGAGGCUGAAUGGAGUGGAGAUAAUGCUGAAAUAUCAGUGACAUAUAAAGGAAUCAGCAGGAAAGGAUGGAGUGAAUACUGUAAAUUUGGAUCCAGUGACAAAUCCUGGAGUCUGUACUGCUAUUAUAAGAGAUUCGCUGUCCGUCACAAUAAUACAUUCACAGUUAAGCGUGCUGUCUGUCCAUCUUCUAAUAGAGUGGGAGUGUACAUGGACAUGUCAGCUGGCACUCUGUCCUUCUACAGCGUCUCUGACACACACACACUCACACACUUACACACAUUCAAUACUACAUUCACUGAACCCAUCUAUGCUGGAUUUAAGGUUUCUCCUGGUUCCUCUGUGUCUCUGUGUCAGAAUAAAUCACAGACACAACUACACUAGUAAAUUACAAAUUACAUAUGUAUUACAGUUUUUCUCAAUUUGCUAACACACAAUUCUUGAAACAAUGAAUGAAAUUCAUUUUCUCACAACUAUAAAAAAUCUCAUAACUAAACACCAAGUCAAAAUCAAAUAUUCUAGUCAAAAACAUUUUCUUUUGUCAGAAUCAGAUGACACAAAUAUUUCACUGCCUAGAAAAUACUAAGAUCAGUGAUUCCCAACCACGUUCCUGGAGGCCCCUUAACACUGCAUAUUUUGUAUCUCUCCUUUGUCUCACACACACAUUUGUCUCUACUAAUGAGCUGAUGAUCUGAAUCAGGUGUGUUUGAUUAAGGAGACAUGGAAAACAUGCAGUGUUGGGGGGCCUCCAGGAAUGUGGUUGGGAACCCUUGCACUUCAAUUCAGAACACUGUAACAAAAACCUCUUAUUUGGAAUCAGGAAUGAUUUUGCAGCUCAAUGUCUAUUACAACAUACAACUGUGGUGAAGGAGGUAUUGUUUAGCUGAGUUUGCAGUCUGAGAACGAGUCAGUAGACAAGCAGUGCACAACUGUCUGAUUGCAUUGAUUUGUGUGGAGAGAAUAAAGGCCGACAACAACUGAUGGGCCACAGAGAGAGACUGGUGGACUCUGGCACACACACAAGAAGCUGAUAAUAACAGAUGAAUGACUGAAGAAAGUGAUUUAUUGUGAGAAGCACAUGUUGCGUCAGUGUUUUGUAUUCUGUUUGAGUAAUCACCAAUGAGCCAAGUUCACCUUAAUCCAACUGACUUCUCUUCAGUCUUAUAGGUGUAUCAAAAAGUUUUUUUUCAUUGAAAACCCUUUUAAGGGUUUUCUGACUACUCUUUCCGAAUAUCAUUCUUCCCCACGUGAAUGAUUAUUCAAUUUGCAGGCUUAUAUUUCAUCAGAAUGCUCUUAAGUUCCCUGUUUACAUCAGAAACUGUUGCUUGUGGAAGGCAGCAUGUAGUUGUAUCUCUGCUGCUAAUGUUUCUGAUUAUGGAGUCACCCAGUAUCAGAGUCCUGAGCUUGGCUACUCUAUGAGCUGAGUGCCGCUGUUUGCUCGACUUUCAGUGGCAGUUUGCAUCAGUGUUAGCGGCUGGCUGAUUUGAUCUGUGUCCGAUCACAUAUGGGGUUUCCUCACCUACAUUUAUCUCGUAUAGGGAUUCCUCACCCACAUUCAUUAAUACUUCAAAUCUGUUCUCCAGAUGUAAAGGCGGUGGUAGGGAACCAGUGUUUGGGGUAGAGGAUGCUACUGCGGCAAUAUGUGAUACUUGUGACAAUCUGAUGUCUUGAGUGCCUUUGGGUCUCACCCAUCAAUUAGUGUUUCUCUAUGCUCAGUAUGGCCUGUUUAGGAGCACUAGAUUCAUGGGACUCACUGGCUGUAUGCUGACCCAGGUGAAAAAAAACUACACUUCUAUAAUGUACUUAAAGUGCUCUAUUUUCGCACACUAAUUUUGCUACAAAUUCUUCUUUAGUAC